GUGGAGCCAAAUGCCCCAGCUGCUGUGCCUUGUCACAUUUCUGCAGAACAUGAUAGCGGCACGGUUCGGUGUGGGAAUGUUUUAGCCUCCUCUCUCCAAACACAAACAAGGCGGUGGUGCCUGUUUCAGGCGGACCCGGAUUUCAGAGAGCAGGCUCCGACCGAGGGAAGCCGCCGGUUGUCGUGGCGCACGGAGGGAGACCGGUUCAUUGGCGGCGCUGACAGGAGUCAGACCCACGGCGGGCGCAAACGGGACAACCGACCGUAACCCGAAGGACAAACUGCAACUAGACGGGAUUUCCUCUCUGAUCCGAUUUGAGCCCUCUUCCCGUCGACAUAUAUGUAUCUAUAUAUAUUUGUUACUGCGCUGUCGACGCGGACUUUGCAGAUCCGCGCUCUCUCCUCUCUGGGAUUCUAUCGGGGUUGUUCUCUCCCUGUGGCGUGGAUACAGCCUCGGAUGUCGCUCUCCGUUUGAGCAAGGCCGACCGGAGCGAUACAUUCUGCUGAAGUUAUCGGGCUGGUUUCCGAUCAGUUGUGUGUGUGUGUGUGUGUGUGCCGUGCUCCUGCGUUGGACACCAUGCAGACUGCUCCCUCGAAUAAGGGUUUCAAAUUGAGCGCAGCCGAUUAGGCUAUUUCGGACACCGAUUCGAUGCCCGAUUUUGGUCCUUGGUCAACGCAGCGCUACGAGGAGAUGCCAGAUGUUCAGAUGUCCCCGCUGUGUUUGGAUUUAUCACUUUUCCUUCGAUUUUAAUGCAGCCCCCCCUCCUCCCCGUUUGGCCCCCUCAGUUUCUACCUCUGCGUGUGGCGAGCUGAAAACCACAAAGCUCGUGUGUCCCUGCGUUCGCGACUCUAGUCAGGUUUCUUUUUUCCGUUUUUGUUUUGUUUGUUUUUUUUGUUUUGUUUGUUUGUUUUUUUGACACUAAUCCCCCGCUGUCGCGCUGCUUCGUAUGAUGUAUGAGAGCGUGGACGUUGUGGGACUGAAUCCCAGCCCGAACCCGUUUUUAAUGAUGGAUUACUACAACCAGAGCAGAGGAUGCUUGAUCCCGGAGAAAGGACUGGUGCCCGGAGCGCCCCAUCCCUACAGCACGUCCAUCAGGAACCAGCACUGGAACGGCUCCAAUCACUCAAUAGAGACCCAGAGUACCAGCUCAGAGGAGAUAGUGCCAAGCCCGCCCUCACCUCCCCCACCGCCCCGCGUCUACAAACCCUGCUUUGUGUGCCAGGACAAGUCCUCAGGGUACCACUAUGGUGUCAGUGCCUGCGAGGGCUGCAAGGGCUUCUUUCGGAGAAGCAUCCAGAAGAACAUGGUGUACACUUGUCACCGGGAGAAGAACUGUAUCAUCAACAAAGUCACCCGCAACCGCUGCCAGUAUUGCCGGCUGCAGAAGUGCCUGGAAGUCGGGAUGUCCAAGGAAUCGGUGAGGAACGACCGGAACAAGAAGAAAAAGGAUGAGAAGAAGCAGGAGUGCACAGAGAGCUAUGUGCUGAGUCCCGACACAGAGCAGAUGAUCGACAGGGUUCGCAAGGCACACCAGGAUACUUUCCCCUCUCUCUGCCAGCUGGGCAAAUACACUACGACUAACAGCUCGGAACGACGUGUAUCCUUGGACGUAGACCUGUGGGACAAGUUCAGUGAACUCUCCACCAAGUGCAUCAUAAAGACAGUGGAGUUUGCUAAGCAGUUGCCCGGCUUCACAACGCUUACCAUUGCCGACCAGAUCACUCUGCUCAAAGCCGCCUGUCUGGACAUCCUGAUACUGCGGAUCUGUACACGAUACACACCAGAGCAAGACACCAUGACUUUCUCAGAUGGACUCACGCUAAACCGAACCCAGAUGCACAAUGCCGGCUUUGGUCCUCUUACCGACCUGGUCUUUGCCUUCGCCAACCAGCUCCUGCCUCUGGAGAUGGACGAUGCAGAGACAGGACUGCUCAGUGCCAUCUGCUUGCUGUGCGGAGAUCGCCAGGACUUGGAAGAGGCAGAGAAGGUGGACAUCCUGCAGGAGCCCCUUCUGGAGGCGCUGAAGAUUUACGUAAGGAAGAGGAGGCCCCACAAACCGCACAUGUUCCCAAAGAUGCUCAUGAAGAUCACUGAUCUGAGAAGCAUUAGUGCUAAAGGAGCUGAGCGUGUCAUCACCCUGAAGAUGGAGAUCCCCGGUUCCAUGCCCCCUCUCAUCCAGGAGAUGCUGGAGAACUCGGAAGGUCUGGAAAGUGGUGCCGCAGGCGGCCGGCCCAGUGGCGCCCCCCCAGGCAGCUGCAGCCCCAGUUUGUCCCCCAGCUCUGCCCAAAGCAGUCCAGCCACACAAUCACCGUAGUAGCGGCCCACCUUUUUAUUUUUCCUCACAAUGCUCUCCUUGUCCUCCGUCAAUGUUUUGAAGAGGAGGGGUGAAGGAGGGGGGGGGCCUGACCGUGACUGCUGAACACAGGAGACUGACAGAGCCAACCUCCUCCUCUCCCAUGACACAAAUCCCCACCCUCCUGAUCUGCUUUCCUUCACUUUGGAGCACUGUCCUGACAUGAGGGGAGGUAAGGCCGGGGCAGGCCGGGGCAACAGGAUGCCUCCGAGAGACCACACCGUAAACACUGCUGAUGACUCUUCCUCCUUCUCCCUCCACUCUCCUCUCCACUGGUGCUUCUCCUCUCUCCACCUUUCUCCAAAAGACUGAUUGAAACCAAUCUGGAUGCAGUGGAGACCAGUUUUAAAUGGGACUGAGACUGGGUGAGGCAUCGUGGGACAAAUAUAUGGACAAGGACAGUGCAUACCGACUGACUUGACAAACACCAGACACUUUCUUUGUUGUACUCUGAAGCAGACUGCAAGCUUGGGACUUGUCAAAAGACCCCCCUCCUCAAAGACUCCGGGUCUUUUCUCUUUUUCCAACUUCAAAAAACAGAUUUCGUACAAAAGAUAUAUAAAUAUAUAUAGAAAAGUUAAGGAACUAUUGUGAUUGACAUGUCCAGAACAGAAUGGCAGGUUGAAAUGAGGACAUGUUUUCUGAGAUUAGAAAUUGUUGUACUGCUUCACUGUUUGAAUCUUUUCGUACCCAUCAAGAGUAUUUGGGGAGAUGUUUCAAUUUUAUCACAUUUCUACAUCAUUCUGAUUAACAAAAAGCAAAAGAUGUUGAAAUUUCUCUCCAGUCUACACAUACAAACACAAAAACUCACACAUAAAAACACACACACACACACACACACACACACACAUAAACACACACACACACACACAAAUGUGCACAGAAAACAAGUCGCAAUGAGUAUCACCUACUAUUCCAGGUUGGAUUUGUUUUCCUCUUUUCUUUUUUUUCUUUUUUUUUUUUUGCUUCCAAGAGAAUGGAAAAAAUGAUUGUAUGAACUCGGUUGUAUGAUAUGGUCACAGGUCCUUUCAAGAAAUCAAAUUAAUGAAGAUUCAUUAUUAAGGUGUAUUUUAAGUAGCCUUUGAGUUUUUGUAUAUAAGCUGUAUUCAUUUCUUUAAAACUAUGAAGAG